CUAUUAAGGGAAAGGGGGGAAAUAUUGGAGAUAAAGACGGUUUCUGCUUUUCAUACUCGUUCUUUUGCUUCUUUCUUGACCAGGGAAAACGAGGAUUCUGUGGAGCCACCUCUUGAAUGCAGUAAGGAAAACAGUAUUAUAGGAAGAAGAAAUCCUCCCAAGGUGGUGAUCUUGCUGAAUUUGUGACCUCACUUGCAAAUAAGACAGGAAAAGGGUAGAGUCAAAUAUCUGUAUUGCAAUCACUCAAAUUACUCUUGACAUGAAGGGGAAAGCGUAUAAAUGCCUGGAGUGUGGACAGAGCUUCACUCAGAAUUCAGAUCUAUAUUUACAUCAAAGGACUCACACUGGGGAGAAACCCUAUACAUGCCUGGAAUGUGGCCAGAGCUUCACUCAGAAUUCAGAUCUAUAUUUACAUCAAAGGACUCACACUGGGGAGAAACCCUAUACAUGCCUGGAGUGUGGAAGAAGCUUCUUUCAUAGUUCAGGUCUGUAUUCACAUCAAAGUACUCACACUGGGGAGAAACCCUAUAAAUGCCUGGAGUGUGGACAGAGCUUCACUCAGAGUGGAAACCUACGUACACAUCAAAGGACUCACACUGGGGAGAAACCCUAUACAUGCCUGGAAUGUGGGCAGAGCUUCACUCGGAGUGACAUUCUACAUUCACAUCAAAGGACUCAUACUGGGGAGAAGCCAUAUAAAUGCUUGGAGUGUGGACAGAGCUUCACUCAGAGUUCAGGUCUGUAUUCACAUCAAAGGACUCACACUGGGGAGAAACCCUAUACAUGCCCUGAAUGUGGUCAGAACUUCACUAACAAUUCAGUUCUAUAUUCACAUCAAAGGACUCACACUGGGGAGAAACCCUAUCAAUGCCUGGAGUGUGGACAGAGCUUCAGUCAGAGUGGAAACCUACGUACACAUCAAAGGACACAUACUGGGGAGAAACCUUAUAAAUGCCUGGAGUGUGGACAGAACUUCACUGAUAGUUCAAAUGUACGUAAACAUCAAAGGACUCACACUGGGGAGAAACCCUACAAAUGCCUGGAGUGUGGACGAAGCUUCGCUCGUAGUUCACAUCUACGUUCACAUCAAAGGACUCACACUGGGGAGAAACCUUAUAAAUGCCUGGAGUGUGGACAGAGCUUUGCUGAGAGUGGAGAUCUGCAUAAACAUCAAAGGACACACUGUGGAGAAGCCCUAUGAAUGCCCUGAGUGUGGAAGGAGCUUCAGUCGUAGUGCACAUCUGCGUCGCAUCAGAGGACUCACAUGGGUGAAACCUAUACAUGCAUGGCAUGUGGGAAGAGCUUCUGUGAGAAUUGAAAUCUACAUAGACAU